AUGUUCUUCCUCCCACGACUUUUUCUUCAUUCUCUCUUGGUGGUUUGCUUUGCAAAUUUUGCUUUUGGAGUUACUCGAUUGCCACGAGAUGAAGUACAAACUUUAGCUGACAUAGCAAAGACACUGGGGAAGACGAACUGGGAUUUCAGUGGAGAUCCAGAUCCUUGCGACAAUCAAAAACCAUGGACUGAUACCAAUCCGGUUGAAGGAUUUGAGUAUGGCGUCACCUGUAAUUGUUCCUUUGCCAAUUCCACUGUCUGCCAUAUUACCAGCAUUCCUUCAAAUUUUGUAUUUUAUACAUGGAAUCCAAUUGUUCUUGGGGUGCACUACAAUGGUGGCUCGCGACCGGCGCUGGUCUCGUCGCGAGGAGGGAAGGGAGAGAGCCGCGAAAUGAGGAGGGAAGGUGCAAACAGGAGAAAUCGGAGGGGCGCCGCCAAAGCGAACCGGACAAAAGAAGGAUCCGCCACACGGGAGGGCCACCGAAUGCCACCUCGGGGACCUCACGAAACUCCGGGAAAGGAGAGUAAGUACGAGGAGGGUUAG